AUGGCGUGGCUGGGAGGAGUGGUGAACAGCAAAGACAGGGAUGAGCUCUUGCCUUCCACCUGGCAGGGUGCUCCGGGGGCUGGGCUGCCGGGAGCCAGAGGCGAGCGCGGAGACCCAGGACCACGGGGUGAAGACGGGCGCCCGGGGCCAGAAGGGGAUCGUGGGCCGGCGGGCUUGCCUGGGAACCGGGGGGAGCGUGGGGACAAGGGAGACACUGGGGCCCCGGGGCCCAAAGGAGACAAGGGCGAUACUGUGAUGAUGGAGGGGCCUGCCGGAGUGCGGGGCAGCAAGGGGGAGCCGGGAGAGCGUGGCCUGAAGGGCACGGAAGGGGACAAGGGGGACAAGGGGGAGCAAGGCAUGCCCGGAGAGAAGGGGGUGAGGGGUGAGCAAGGUGAAAAGGGCUCCAUGGGCUUCCCUGGGGCACGUGGCCCUGGUGGGCAGAAGGGAGAGGUCGGAGCGUUGGGCGAGCCCGGUGAGCCGGGCCAGCCCGGCCGCGACGGGAUCCCUGGAGCCCGGGGAGAGAAGGGGGACAUGGGAUCCCUGGGCAUACGUGGCCCCAAGGGUGACCGGGGCAUGAAAGGCGCCUGUGGCAUCAAUGGGGACAGGGGCGAGAAGGGCGACCGGGGAUUCGAUGGGCAGCAGGGAGCCAAAGGAGACCAGGGGGAAAAAGGAGACCGGGGCGCCCCGGGCAUUAUUGGUGGCCCUGGUCCCCGGGGUAGUGACGGUGCUCCUGGCCCCCCUGGGCCCCCUGGGAGCGUUGGCCCACGAGGUCCUGAGGGCAUGCAAGGCCAGAAGGGGGAAAGAGGCCCCCCUGGACAGUCGGUGCCAGGGGCCCGUGGCGUGCCUGGCAUCCCCGGCGAGAGAGGAGAGCAGGGCAGUCCCGGCACCCAGGGGGUCCGUGGGGAGAGGGGGGAGCCGGCCAUGACGCCUGUGGCGGCCAUUUCCCACGGCACCUGGAUUCACGGCUCUUCUCCACCCAGCCAUUCCCUGCUGGCAGCGCUCACGCAGUCCCUGUGCUCAAGUUGUCACACGCUGAGGAAGAGGAGGGCACUGAGGGAUAAUCCAUCAGUGGCUGUGCUGCCGGUCUCAGGGGGCUUUAAUUAA